AUGGUUGUUUUACAAACUAAACUUAGGAUGAAAUUAAAUUCCUCUCAGGUUUUGUAUUUCACUCUGACUGCCUAUGUGGACUCUGGUUGGCUGAAAUAUUUCUGUUUCCUCAUCGUCCUGUGUCUGUAUGUCCUGAUUAUCGGCUCCAACGUCCUGCUGAUCGCGGUGAUCUGUGUGAACCGGAGCUUACAUGAACCCAUGUUCCUGUUCCUCUGCAGCCUGUUUGUGAACGAACUGCUCGGCAGUUUGGGUUUGUUUCCCUUCCUGCUGGUUCAGAUCCUCUCUGACGUUCACAUCAUUCCUGCUCCUCUUUGUCUCCUGCAGAUUUUCUGUAUUUAUACUUAUGCUAGUGUAGAGUUUACUAACUUGGCCGUCAUGUCUUAUGACAGAUACGUAGCGAUCUGCCGUCCUCUGCAGUAUAACUCCCUGAUGACUUCACAGAGGAUAGUUUUCCUGGUGCUCAUCAUAUGGCUGCCUCCAUGUUUGGCGGUCGGGGGAACGACGUUCCUGAGCUCCUCUCUGCAGCUCUGUGGGAACGUCAUCAAUAAAAUUUACUGUAGUAAUCACUCCAUCAUCAGGCUGACCUGUAACGACCCCACAGCCAACAACGUCUAUGAACUUGUGAUGACUUUCCUCACAGUCUGUGUUCCUGUUUCUGUGAUCCUCUACACCUACCUGAGGAUCCUUCAGGUGUGUUUCUCUGGGUCCAAACAGACCCGGCAGAAAGCCGUCAGCACCUGCACCCCCCACCUGGCUUCUAUAAUCAACUUCUCCUUCGGCGUUUCCUUUGAAAUAUUGCAGAGCAGAUUCAACAUGGACACGGUUCCCGGUUUGCUCAGAAUACUUUUAUCUCUGUAUUUUCUGACGUGUCAGCCGGUUUUUAACCCGGUUCUGUACGGCCUGAACAUGUCCAGAAUACGCAGCAUGUGUAAAAAGCUGCUUCUGAACUCUGUGAGGAAAUGAUCAGCAUGA